AUGGCUUCUUCCCAUGCAAUAAUCCCAGACAAAGCAACACGUAAAAGGAAGAUUGAGAUCAAAAGAGUUGAACAAAGCAACAAGCGCCACGUCACCUUCUCCAAGAGAAAAUUAGGGCUUUUCAACAAGGUCACCGAGCUCUCCAUCCUUUGCCAGGCGGAAACCGCCUUGAUCGUCUCCUCGCAAAUCGGAAAGCUUUACGCCUGCGGAUAUCCAUCGCCGGACGCCAAGAAGCAAGAGGAGAAAGUGGAAGUCCUAAGAGCACAAUAUGAGUCUUUGGAAGAAGCUCUCAAAGAAGAGAAGAAGCGACUCGAAGAGGCUGAGAAUGCAAGAAAGAACCAUAACAACAAUGGCGGUUGCUUAGGGUUUUCAUCGCAGUGGUGGGAGAAUCCAAUUGAUGAUAUGGAUUUGGAGGAGCUCGUUAAGUUCAAAGAAUCCUUGGAACAGUUGAAGGUUAACCUAUUUGCAACCGCUGAAAAGAAGAUCAUGUUCCAAGAAUUGAUGCCAUCACCACUUGUUUCUUCUUCUUCAGUUAUGGCUCCAAUGCAAACUAGGGUUCCCAAUUUCUCUUCAAUAUUGAACAAUUAUGGUGGAUUCAACGCUGUUCAUCAUCCACAACAGCAAGAACAUUGGGAUUAUGCUUCUUCUUCUUCUUCUAAUUUUUAUUCAACCUUGAAGAAUAAUGUUGGAUUCAACGCGGUUCAUCAUCCACAACAGCAAGCACAUUGGGAUUAUUGGAACAAUAAUGGAAUUGCUAGCAGUAACAAUCAGGAUUCUUUAGGAUCAUGCGAUUUUGGGAACAAUGCUAUAAUUGCUGCCGCUAAAGGUAAUGGUAAUAGUAGUUGUUCCUUUUUUCCUAGCAUUGGUUUUGGCCAUUAUUAA